GUUUUUGUAGGCGGCGUGGCCGGUUAGAAAAACGCUCCUGGUAGCAAUUAGAAUGCAAAAUGAAAUUCCUCAAGGACAUGGAUUUUGUGGCACGGACCAGCACUCCCCAAGAGACGUUGGUUUUGGUGUCAGAGCUGAAGGAAUCUCUCAGCUUGGUAGCCCAAAACGUAGAGGCUCCAAACCGGUCUUCCAAACGGGCCGCGGCAUGUGAUGGAAUCCUGCGUGCCUGCAUCCACCGGUUUGCCGAAGGCACGAGCUGCCCGGAUCACCUGGAAGGUCUCCGGACUCUGGCCGAGUGUGCCUAUCAUGGCUACGUAGAAGCUCGGCUGCAAUAUGUCCCCCUCUAUCUAGAAAAGUUGCUCUAUCACUUGAUGAGAGGCAUUGCUGCUCGGGGCCCCUCGGAGACCAGCCUGGGCUUUGCAAGCCUCCUCUACGCUGAACUGUCGAAGCACCAGCCUCCCGAGGUGCCCGCUGACGACUUUGUGCCUAUUGCCAAAAGUGCCUUUAGCGUGCUGUGGAAGAGCGCCGAUGCCGUGGCUAAAACAGAGAGGACUCCUGCCCAGUUCAGGGCGGCCCUCUCAUGUCAGCUGCAAGCGGUGCGUUUCUUGGUUCUUCUGGAGCACGACUCCCCCGUCCUCUUGCUCAGAGAGCCCCCCUUCUUUACCUCCGUAGUGGCCCAACAUGCUGCCGUGGCCGCUUCUGCGUUUGAGGCCCAUCGAAGUCCGCUGCCUGAGGAGGAGGCUUGUUUCCUCAGCGAGCAGCUGUUCGGCCAUCUUGUUGCAGGCCUCCUGGAAAGCAGGGGCCCAAGUGAAACUUUGGCCUUCCAGGACACGCUCUGCCUCGUUGAACUCGCUGUGAUGAGGUCCCGUUACCUCUGCAAAAGCCACCGCUUUGUAGAGAGCAAGGACGUUGUCCGACAGGCCUGGGGCUAUUUGAGAAAGUCCACGAAAAUAAAGCGCGUAUUCAGUACAAGCCUGGAUAUUCUCUCUGUUGGCAUUGAGCUGAACAGAGCGUGGGUGCUGCACAAUGGCUCGGUAGGGCCCCUUUUUGCCCAGGCUGCUGAGAUCCUAAACUCCUCAUUGGGUGCUGACGAAAAUCUGCUUAAAGUUAUGGUUGAAAGUUGCCAGUUAUUCAUUAUGCCUCUGUAUGGAUAUAUGAAAGAGACCAAACGGAGGCUGUUUGGUCUACGGGACGUUCUGGGGAUCUCUGCCUUUAUGGAAAGAUACUUCGAGCUGCUUGGCAAGUUGCUGAAUGUUGUUCCACCAGACAAUAUGAAACAGCAGCAAGCUCUGAAGAAGCUGAUGUACCAUUUUGCCCAGUUGUACACCACCCUGGUAUAUGACUCUCUUCAGACUCUGCAGGGACCAGAAUCUCCAGAGAUACAACAGUUGGUGGUACCCCUCCAGAGGGCUGCUUCCUGGAUGCUGGAUAUGUUAGAAGGUCUUCCAGAGAAAGAGCAGGCAGAGUACCUGGACGUUUCAGCAUACUGUGUGUCCAGGCUGGGCUAUAGUUUCUACUGUCAGAAGAUGUAUAUGGAAUCUAACUCGGUAGUAGAGGGCUUCUGCAAGAGGCUGGGCAAGAAGGAGCUGUUCAAAAAUCCAGAAUUCCCUACAGAAAAGCUACACAAUUGCUUUCGCCUCCUUGUGGAAAACUACAGGAAGCUGGGCUUGUUAGAGGAAGCUCUCCAGGCUGUGGUACUGUGGCUGGUCACUCAGUGUGACAAGAUCACAGAACAGAUGACAGAACCAAUCUCCUUUUGGCUCAAAAUCAAGAUGGAUGCGAACAAAAAUGGGGCAGAUGAUCUAAGACUAAAGACUCUGAAAGAGGGCCUGGAAGGGUGCCACUUGGCCCCUGAGAUCUUGCUGGAAGUGCUGUUUGAAGAACUGAAGGCCUACAAGAGUGUGCGAGCUGACACCGGCCAAGAGCGCUUCAACGUGAUCUGUGACCUACUGGACAUAUGCUCAGAGGGCAGCAGUUUCGUCCAUGAGCGGGCUGCAGUCCUGAUCGAACUAGCUCAAGUGCUGUGUUACCAUGACUACACAGAGCAGACGGAAUGUUCUGCCCUGGAUUCUAUCCAUGAAGCCCUGAGGCUGCUGGACUUGGUACCGAAAACUCCCCAGAACGAAGAACAGCUCCAGGACGACAAGGCCCAAGCCCUGCUCUGGCUCCACAUCUGCACAAUUGAGAACAAAAUGCAGGAGAGCAAUAAGCAAGAACAGAGAACCAGAAACAUCAACACCCAGGGACAAAAGAAUUUGCAAGCUCUCGAAGGCACAGAGACCAACGAUCUUGGCUACGAGGAUAAGUGCCAGGACGAUAACUUCCUGUAUCUCGGCAUUACGUUUAACCUGUCUGCGGAUUCUGUGCACUCAAAAUCCUUGGACGAUGCCUAUGACUUGUGGAAGCAACUCCUCGGCAAAGGCCACAUCCCAGCUGUGCGGAGCAUUGAACAGACAACGGCAUCUUUGCACAUCAUGGCCGCUCUGUACAGGAUGAUGGGAAAGCCGCUGCGAGCUAUUGAGAGCUACUUCCUGAUCUCAGAACUCUCGAGCGCCCUUGCAGAUGCUGUCGCGAAGACCAACGCCUUGUGUCAGAUUGCCAAGCUUUUCUUCCUGCUAGAAUGUCCCAGUUACGUGGAGAUUGUCCUGGAGGAAGCGGAGUCCUGCUUGCGAAGCGCUGACCAAAGCAAAGACUUUGCCCUGCUGACAAAGCAAACGCUAGCUGUGCUCCAAAGCAGAUUGUGCUUGGCAAAUGGCAAGGUUGAAGAAGGCCUUGGCUUGCUGCUAGAAACCCUACAAAACCCAGCUUUGCAAAGGCCGUCUAAACUCUGGUACCUGCUCCGAGCCAGCGCUCUCCAGUUAACGGCCUUGUAUCUCGGCCUGCCUGCUUCCACCCUUUCACUAGCGCUCAGGCAAAAACUGUACGCUCAAGGGUGGAAGACCCCCGAGACUGCUCUGAGUGAUGCCCACAAACUCUAUCGCAGCAUUAUUUCUAGCUUCUUGCUGAUCAGCAGCGACAGAUCGGCUAAAGAUGUUCCAGACCACCUGUUUGUAGAUCACGGUGACAACCUGGUACAGAAGUGGCAGGUGCUGGCCGACAUGUUUGCUUGUUCCGAGACGUUCAUCUCCCUCCUUGGCAAGACAGAAAAUGUAAGCGAAGCAAAAGGUUACUGCCUGGAAGCACUCAAAAUCUCCAUGAAGCUACAGUCCCUCCGAUGGUGUGCUCAGUUUUUGGUCAUGAAGAGCGAGCUGGAACUCCAGCGUGGUGAACUGGAGCUGUGUGGCUCUGAUCUCGAGCAGGUCCUGUUUCUUCUAGAAUCGCGCACAGUUUUUGAAGUGAAAGAGGGAAAAGGCGAUGUGAAAAUUAAGCCAAAGAAAGGUGGGUCUAAGGGCAAGAAGCUGCAAGGCCUGCACCCAAAGCUCUCUAAAGAGGAGCAGCCGUUUUUGCGAGAAGUCUCCCUUGAGUUUGUUGAGACUGUUUCUGUGCAGAAAGGGAACUCUCUUACGGGCUCCCCCGAGCUGAAGCCAAAGCUGAAGAAACGUCCCACCUUCCUGGCCCACCUAGACGGAUGCCGCUGCUCGCUCUGCUCCGAUGUGGUUCUCUCGAGCGUCUGCCUCCACUGGUUGGUCACCUCUGCGGAGGGGGAGCUGGCACUCGGGCACUGGGGAGAAGGCCUGCAACUUCUUGAAGUUUGUCUGAGACGGUGCGCUUCGGUGACUUCGUACAUCUCCGAUGUGGUGGUGUCCGUGUCUCAAAGCAACGGCAUGAAGGCUGUUGACCAGAAGCUGCCCGCAGUUGGUCUCCUGGAUGAUCUGGUGGCCCGUAUCUAUGUAUCCCUGGCGAAACUGAGCAGGAGCACCGGUCGGCCAGAGAAGAAACUGUGGAAACUUCUAGAGACUGGCUUGGCCGUUCUGUCUUCAAAGAGGCCUCGGCUGCCAGGGCUUGAAUAUCAAAAGGCAAGCCUGUUGCUUGUCAAAGCCAUAGCUGCCGUCUCGAUCCUCGCUUCCAGUCAUGAAGGCUACAUGGCGAGCAUCUUUUCUAGAGCCUGGCCCUGGAAGUACCCAUCCUCCCUUUGUGAGAAUAAAGAAAACAUGCCAACAGCUGCAGAGAAGACGCUUGUUGAGCUCUCUUCACUGCCCUUGAAUAGUAACAGCACCAAGAGGCAGGUGGAAGCUGUCCAAAAAGCAAAGCCCCAGGGAAUGCAAGACACCAAAACACUGCCUGUGGUCCACCCCAGCCACCCAUUUCCCCAGGUUGACUCUGAGACAGAGACACUUGUUACUAGGCUACCUGUAGAACCCUGUACCCCAGCACAGAAACCCAUUCCAACCGCCAGGACAAAGCGGUCGACAGCAGCCAAGCCAGCCCUCUCCUCCAAGGUCCUCUUUAAGAUUUUUGAGGACCCUUCUUCUCCAAAGUUGAAGACCGAACUCAUGAAGGCUCCCAAAGUGUCCCGAAGAAUGAAGUCUCGUCUUAAGGUUGUGUUCAGUGAUGACAGUGACCCGGAAGGUCUUCCAGAAGUGACACAGGUAGCAAAGCUUCCUGUUGCCAAAGAACCGGCACCCUCCACCAGCAGGACAAGGCGAAAGGCAGCCCCCGUCAGAAAACAGUCAAAGGAGAACCUUGCUAAAAUGGAAGGAUGCAACACCAGUUCUUCAGAGGCACAGCCUCGGAGAGGACGGCUGGGCGGAAGAAGUGCUGCUAGGCCACGGAAGCGACAUGAAGAAAUCCAGAAAACUCCUUGUGAGGAGGAGACACUAAAUGGGCCGGGGAGAGAGGAAAAGGCGGUUCUGAGGUCUGUGGAGGAGGAGCCGGAGGCUGGCUUUGAGGCCCUGCAGGGUUCUGGGCCUAGAAGGCGACCUGUUCUGAAGUCUGAUGGCGCAGAAGAGGACCAAGAGGUUCUCCGUUGUGAUGCCAGAGCUGAUUUGCGGCAAACUUUCAACGCUUCAGAGAAGCGAAGCCCCGCAGACCCGUUCGAUCUGCACAUUCUUGCCUCUUCCCUAGAAGUAGAUGCCAAUUCCUUGUCCGUGGACUCGGUGUAUGAAUCCCUGCAAGCUGCCUUUUGUGCCAUUAGCCAUAACCCUCCAGGUGCCCUUUAUAGCCAUCUCUGCCAGCUCAUGGCGCUGUGUCUUGGAAACCGGGACCCCAUUGCUACGGCUUACCUGCUUUCGGAGUCGGUCGCUGUCACUCUCCGCCAUCAGAUAAUGAGCACCAUUCACAAAAGACUUGACAAAAUGAAGAAGGCUUCGGUGGCCAGCGCAUCGAAACAGCUGGAGGCUCUAAGCCUGCAAGAAGGGAACACUCAUUCUUCUCUCCAGUGCCUUGCGGAGUUGCAGAACCUCUUUGCAUUCAGGUGUCCCAACCUCGCUAAGUUGGAGACAGAAGACUUCAGAGAACAGCUGCGACAGAUCCCCAGCGGGGUAACAGUGUGUGUGCUGACCCUGGUGAGCCUGGAGCCGGGAGCAGUUGGGGACAUUCUUCUGCUGACGCGGCUGGAGAAAGAUGCCACCCCAGUGACCCUCCAAAUACAGACGAUGCACGGCAAAGUUUCCUUGAGCAUGGCGCUCAGUGAAUUCAACGCCAUUCUGCAGGAGCAGAAAGAGAUUUCGAACCUCACAGAAAAAGAGGACUGGUGGCUAGGCCGGACUGCACUGGACAAGAGAAUGAAGGCUUUGAUAGAGUCCUUGGAGAGGGACGUGUUGGGCUGCUGGAGGGGUGCCCUGCUGCCAGGCCGCAUGGGCAAAGGCUUGGCCCAGGAAGCCUCUAGCCUUCAAAAGCGUCUUGAGGAGUGUGGCUGUGAGGUGGAUCUGGCGCUGCUUAAGGUGAUGCUUAUUGGCUCGCAUCUCCUGACCCCAGAAGACGUGCAGCAUUUGGCGUGGGGGCUCAGCCCGGCUCAGCCUGCCAGAGCUCAGAGCCUUCUGCAGCAGGCAGUAGACAAAAUGGGGUCCCAUACAAGCCAGGCAUCAAGCGGCCACUUGGUUCUCGUGUUGGAUAAGCAUCUGCAGAAGCUCCCGUGGGAAAACAUACCAUGCCUGAAAUCCCAGUCAGUGACUCGAUUACCAUCUCUACGUUUCCUGCUCAGCUAUUCGCUUACAAAAAAGCACCGGGAAGAGUCUGUCUUCAAUCAGGGCCUAAACGCAGGCAGCACCUUCUACGUCUUAAACCCACAGAGGAACCUUGCUGGGACCGAGAAGAUGUUCAAAGACUGGUUUCAGAGUGAGCCUGACUGGACAGGAGUGGUGGGUGCAGCCCCCACUACAGACCAAGUUCUGUCGGCCCUUGAAGAACGAGAUCUCUACAUCUAUGCCGGGCACGGGGCAGGUGCCCGUUUCAUUGACUCCCUUUUGAAGGUGGACUGCAGGGCUGUGGCUCUGCUCUUUGGCUGCAGUAGCGCUGCCCUGGUGGUGCAGGGCAACCUGGAGGGGACUGGCACCAUUCUCAAAUUCAUCUUGGCAGGGUGCCCCCUCGUUGUGGGAAACCUUUGGGAUGUGACUGACCGAGACAUUGAUCGGUAUAUGGCGGCGCUUUUGAAGAACUGGCUCAAGGCAGGGUCUGGAUCUCCUCUGCUCCAGUAUCUCAUACAGUCCCGCCAAGCUCCCAAACUCAGAUACAUGAUUGGCGCUGCCCCCGUAGCAUAUGGUUUACCGGUCUCUCUGCAGUAGGAAACAUGGGAAGGGCACAAUACUUGGUUUUUGAUGGGCUUGAAUGUGUCGUUCCUUGAUUUGGGGCGGCUUCAAAACCGGAAAUCACUUCUAGAGAGAAGAGAAAACAUUUGGUUCUUGUGAACUGGCUUCCCUCAUCCAUUUCUGCCUUGCUGUGUGUCUUCUACAGGGAGGCCUGUGUUGCCCUGUUGCGGGGGAAGUGUUUUUAACCUAUCCAGUGUUCUUGAAACAUGCAACAUUUGUACAGUAUAUGAACUGCGUUU